GGAGCCCAGGAUGAAGCUCCUGUUCUGCUCUGGCUGCAAGGCGGGCCGGGUGGUACCUCCAUGUUCGGCCUGUUUGUGGAACACGGACCGUAUGUUGUGUACAAGAACCUUACAGUCGGUAUGAGGGACUUUGCUUGGACGACCAGAUACUCCGUUCUGUACAUUGACAAUCCGGUUGGAACCGGCUUCAGCUUCACUAAAGAUGACAAAGGUUUUGCUCAGAACCAGGAUGAUGUUGGCAGAGAUCUCUACAGUGCUUUGACACAGUUCUUCCAGCUCUUUCCUGAGUAUCAGUCCAAUGAGUUUUAUGCCACUGGAGAGUCGUAUGCAGGCAAGUAUGUUCCUGCUGUUUCCUACUACAUCCACAAAAACAACCCCACUGCAAAAGUCAAGAUCAACUUUAAAGGCAUGGCUAUUGGAGAUGGACUCUGUGACCCUGAAGUGAUGCUGGGUGGUUAUGGUGACUUCCUGUAUCAGACAGGAAUGGUAGAUGAACUCCAGAAACAGUACGUGGACAAGCAGACGAGCCUCACCGCUCAGCUCAUCCAGCAGCAGAAGUGGGUGGAAGCUUAUAAAGUUUUUGACUCUUUGCUGAACGGCGACAUGUAUCCAUACCCCACCUUCUUCCAGAACGCAACAGGCUGCACCAACUACUUUAACUACUUGUUAUGUCAGGAACCGGAGGACCAGGAGUACUUCUCCCAGUUUGUGACGCUGCCUGCGGUGCGGCGAGCCAUCCACGUGGGUAACCUGACGUUCCACAAUGGCUCCGAGGUGGAGAAGCACCUCCUGCAGGACGUCAUGAAGAGCAUCAAGCCGUGGCUGGGGGUGCUGAUGGACAACUACAGGGUGUUGAUCUACAGUGGUCAGCUGGACGUGAUCGUAGCUGCCCCUCUGACUGAGAGGUUCCUGCCUACCGUGAACUGGACCGGAGCGGACGAGUAUAAAACAACCCCCCGCUUCCACUGGAAGGUUCAGCCCAGCGACACGGAGGUGGCAGGUUACGUCCGACAGACUGGAGAGUUUUACCAGGUCAUCAUACGAGGAGGAGGACACAUUCUGCCGUACGACCAGCCAGCAAGAUCCUUUGAUAUGAUCGACAGAUUCUUGUCGACACAAGGCUGGAAGUGAAAAAUGUCUGCGCUAAAACACCGCCGCCUCAUGACGAGCAUCGAUUGUUCAGUGUUGAUUUAAAAGACUGGUGAUUGUCACAACAAAUGUAAUCUUUAUGUUUUGUACAUUCAUUUGCAGUGUGAUAUGUUAUGCAUAAAAUUAUUUUUGUUUUAUUUUGUUUUUUAUUCAAGGAAAUAUUUGAUUUAGCACUUUUAUCUGAACCAACACAGAUGAUUUACAAUAAAUGUUUCAGGGAUUUUAUUUUUUAAUUUUUUAACAGCUUA